ACCCUAGUAGUUGUUUGUAUGCAUGUAUGUUCUGGUAAAGAAAUAUGGGUAUACGUGAAAAGAUAUCAGAAGCAUUGCAUAACAACGAAGAGAAAACAGUAGCGUUAAGGCGAAAAAAAUCUUGAAGUUAAAUUUGGAUGACUUAAAAUUGUUUGAAAGAAUGCUUCAGUGAAGAGUUGGAAUCAAAUUGGAAGGCUUUGAGUGUUGUAAGAAAAGGGUUUCUUUGAGAUUGUAAAGGGAUGAGAAGUUGAAUGAUCAAGAAAAGAUGGUGGAAAGGCUUUGGGAAGAGGCUACAUUUGAGAGGGAAAAAAUAGAGGAAAUGUUAAUCGGUAUUAAUGUGAAAGAAAAGGAGUUGAAUAAGAUUCAGAAAUGGAUUUAUCCAGAAACACAUACCAUUGAGUUGAAAGAUCAAGAACUGGAUAAAAAAAAGAUGGAAGAAUUUCAAGUAAAGGAAGAUGCCCUUGAGUUGAAAGAUCAAGAAUUGGCAGAAAAGAUGGAGGCUUUUCAAGUAAAUGAACAGAAUUUGCAGACUAUGCAGAAGGACCUUGAAGUUAAGGAAAUGGGAUUGGAAUCUGUAAAGAAAGAGCUUGCUAUAAAGGAGAGUAAGUUGGAUAAUGGAAGGAAAGAAUUAAGGGAAAGUAAGUUGGAUAAUGCAAAGAAGGAACUAAGGAUGAAUGAGAAUAAGUUGGAUUCUGUGAAAAAAGAACUAAAGGACAAUGAAAAUAAGUUGGUAUCUGUGAAGAAGAUCUCGCUGUUGAGGAAAGCACUUGUUGUUGAGGAAAAUAGGCUGGAUGGUGUGGAGAAAGUGUUGAGAGUGAAAGAAGGUAUCUUAGAGAUGCUUAGAGAAAAGGAAAAGAAAUUGGAUUAUGUGAAAAGGGAUUUAAACGAGAAUGAAAAUAAGUCGGAGUCUAUGAAGAAGGAUCUCCUUUGUUGAGGAAAGUAAGUUGGAUAGUGUGAAGCAAGAAG